AUGGUGGGCAUAGUGCCAGGUAUGCAUCAACCUAUGCCAAUCCAGUGGGCACCUGUUCCAUUUAUGGCUGCUGGUAACUCACAUCUCGGCUCACCAGUCUGUCCUCCUGCGGGAGAGAAUCCUCCGCAGUAUGAGAUGAUGCACAUGGCGGGCAUGGUGCCAGGUAUGCAUCAACCUAUGCCAAACCAGCGGGUACCUGUUCCAUUUAUGGCUGCUGGUAUCCCACGUCUCAGCUCGCCAGUCUAUCCUCCUGUGAGAGAGAUUCCUCCGCAGUAUGUG